AUGCAAAACAGUGUACACACAAUGUCGCGUUAUCGCGAGUGGGAUUUAUCAUGCAAAGUGUACGUCGGUGAUUUAGGCAGCAGUGCUAGCAAGCAUGAGAUUGAGAAUGCAUUCAGUAAAUACGGACCUCUUAGGAAUGUUUGGGUGGCUAGGAAUCCACCGGGCUUCGCCUUUCAAAGACAAAACUGUACUCAAAAUUGCUCAGCUCUGCAGAUUCUUAAAAGCCCGCCAUCAUUUUGGAGUACAGGAUGUCGCAAUCUGGAGGACAGCUGUUGUGACUAUUAA